UAACGUCACUUUCGUUGACAUUAUUGUGACAGAAGUAACUGGCAGUAUCUAACAAAUCGUAUUAUUUGUAAGAAGUUGAAUGUGAAUUUACGAAAUUAUUAAAUAAAAUAUUGUACUCUAGGUGCGGAUAGUGAGUUCCAUCAUGAGUGCAAUAAUGAAGGCAGCGUUAUCUCGUAAUCCAGCAUCGUUGGCAACACAUGUCUAUCGAAAUCUGCGAGCUCUGUCCCCUGCAAUUGUACAGAGAAAUGCUUCAUCAAAUACAAACACUUCUAAAGCAUACACAGUAAUUGACCAUAAACAUGAUGCAUUGGUAAUUGGGGCUGGUGGGGCAGGACUCCGUGCUGCAUUUGGUCUUGUGCAAGAAGGUUUCAGAACUGCUGUUGUCACCAAAUUGUUUCCCACUAGAUCUCACACUGUUGCUGCCCAAGGAGGCAUCAAUGCUGCUUUAGGCAAUAUGGAAGAAGACAAUUGGUUGUGGCAUAUGUAUGACACUGUAAAGGGAUCUGAUUGGCUGGGAGAUCAGGAUGCCAUACAUUACAUGACGAGGGAAGCACCACAUGCCGUUAUUGAACUUGACAACUAUGGAGUGCCAUUCUCGCGUACUCCUGAGGGCAAAAUAUAUCAGAGAGCAUUUGGUGGGCAGUCAUUGAAGUUUGGAAAAGGUGGACAAGCUCAUAGAUGUUGUGCUGUGGCUGACAGAACUGGCCACUCACUCCUGCACACCCUGUAUGGACAGUCGCUGAGAUACGAUUGUGAAUAUUUCAUUGAAUACUUCGCACUAGAUCUAUUGAUGGAAGAUGGUGUCUGUAAAGGAUGCAUUGCACUUAAUCUUGAAGAUGGAACAUUACACAGGUUCCAAGCUAAGAAUACAAUAUUGGCGACGGGUGGUACUGGGCGGUCGUACUUCAGCUGUACGUCUGCCCACACCUGCACUGGCGAUGGCACUGCUAUGGCUGCGCGCGCUGGUCUGCAGAACGAAGACAUGGAGUUUGUACAAUUCCAUCCUACUGGUAUAUACGGCGCAGGGUGCUUGAUGACUGAGGGUUGUCGUGGAGAGGGCGGGUUCCUAGUGAAUGCGAAAGGCGAGCGAUUCAUGGAACGGUACGCUCCGGUCGCGAAGGAUCUCGCUAGUCGUGACGUAGUCUCUAGAGCCAUGACCGUGGAAAUUAUGGAAGGUCGUGGAUGUGGCCCGGACAAAGACCACGUAUACCUGCAGCUCCACCACUUGCCCCCGGAACAACUGAAGCAACGUCUGCCGGGCAUCUCGGAGACCGCUAUGAUAUUCGCUGGCGUUGACGUUACUAAAGAACCUAUCCCAGUACUGCCAACCGUUCACUACAACAUGGGCGGCACACCCACCAACUUCCGUGGCGAGGUUAUCACGUACGUCGACGGACAAGACAAAGUGGUACCCGGUUUAUUCGCUGCCGGCGAGGCAUCUUGUGCCUCAGUGCACGGCGCUAACAGAUUGGGCGCCAACUCUUUGUUGGACAUCGUAGUAUUUGGUCGCGCAUGCGCACUCACUAUCAAAGACAUCGCUAAGCCAGGAGACACGCAAGCGCCGCUCAAAGACUCGACAGGUGAGCAGAGCAUCGCCAAUCUAGACCGUAUUCGGUACGCAAACGGCCCGGUACCAACGGCAGACCUGCGCUUGCGCAUGCAGAAAUGCAUGCAGAAGAAUGCCGCUGUCUUCAGACAGAAGAACACGUUGGAAGAAGCACAAACCCAGAUCCACGAAAUCUACGGUCAGUUCAAGGACGUGCGCGUGUCGGACCGCUCGUUGAUCUGGAACAGUGACUUGGUGGAGACGCUCGAGCUGCAGAAUUUGUUGCUGAACUCGGUGCAGAUCGUAGAAGGCGCUCUAGCGAGGGAGGAAUCCCGUGGAGCUCACGCCAGGGAAGACUUCAAGACGCGCCGCGACGAAUACGACUACUCCAAACCCUUGGACGGACAGACUAAACUACCAUUCGAGAAACAUUGGAGGAAGCACACAAUGGCUGCGACGGACUGCGAGACUGGUGCCACGAAGCUGACGUAUAGGCCGGUCAUCGACGGCACACUCGACACUAACGAGUGCAAGACUGUACCACCAGUAAUCAGAACCUACUGAGCCGCCGCGAAUGUUAGGUAAUAAAUGUGGACUGUUGACGGGUGCUGCCUGGACCGAUCAGUAUUAUCACUGCACGAUACUCGGCACAGGCGACCAUGAUCAUUCUUCGUCAUUUAUAUAUAUCUCACUACAUCUAUUUAUUUUAGCAUAACUUUUUUUAUAAGUGUAACACACACCAAAUGCGAGAAUACUCUUCACUGAGUACGUGUCGGAUACACAACUAUGUACAAAUUAGUGCCACAAUUGAACGUUACCGUUUUUAUUUGCAUGUAUAAUCGUAACAUUACGUAUAUUAGAAUGUACAUUUGUUUUUAGAGUGCAGCAUUUAUUAUGAUUUUAGUGUUCUGAUGAUGGUCUCAGCAGCUCCAUGGUACAUUAAAAAAAAUGAAUAUUCUGUUACACAAUAUUUUCUGCGCUGUAAAUGGUUAUUUUUUUCGUAAUGCGAUAAUUCCAAUUUUGCUAAAUUCAUAUUCUUUGAUAUUUGUACUUAAUAUGAAAUUUAAAAUUAAUAUUUUGCAUAAAGUCCACCGUUUAUUUAAUUUUAAUUUAAAAUACGGGUACGUGUAAACAUACGUAAUUGAAGUAGAAACAUUUAUCCUUUUAUUCUAGCACAAAAUACAACAAUCAAUAUGUUUUACUUGCAUCAAUUGUUUUAACUUUUUUCUCAGUAUGGAUAUGUGAUAUUUUUCUAAAUCGAAAACCUAUUUUAUUCCGUUUAAUUUAUGAAUUGUGUUCUGAUGAAUUUAUAACAUCGAUUUCGAUUAUGUAUAGAUUUUAAGAGUACAGAUUUGAAUAUAUUGAAAUGAUAAAAUUAAUUGUUGUUUUUAUUUUCCACUUAUUAUUUUAAGCUAAAUAUCCCUAU